CUGAGGUGUGUUGUGUUGUGUUGUGUUGUGCUGUGUUGUGCUGAGGUGUUGUCAUUCAGACGUUGUUACAGGAAACAGGUGAGUCAGGCUCAUUAAAAGACACCAUAGGGACCACAGGAUGGCGAGAGCUGCAGAAAGCCCCUAUUGUAGAUCUACACGCAAGGAAGCCAUGCAAUCCGCUUCUACUGUCCAGCUCAGGACCAGAGGAAAUAGACGCUGUGUGUGUGUGUGUGUGUGUGUGUGUGUGUGUUCUACUGGAGUCCAGCUCAGGAACAGAGGAAAGGGCCGGUGGGUAGACAAUUCUGCACUCCAGAAGAGACAGUCAACGGAACACCACGAGACAGUCAACGGAACACAUUACACCACGAGACAGUCAACGGAACACCAAGAGACAGUCAACGGAACACCACGAGACAGCUAUCGGAACACCAAGAGACAGUCAACAGCCAAUUGCUGCCAUCGCUUUACAUUUUCUACACAGUGAGAGACAGCAGACUAUCAGAUCUCCUCAGCUGCGCCGGCUCGGUACAGCAGAGCUACACAGCACAAGCGUCGCCAAAUAAGGAAGAGAAGAAGCAGAAGAAGCAGCAGAGAUGCACGUGGUCACCAUGACGACUCCCAACACACACGUCACACACAUCACACACAUCCUCCUCCCGCUGCUGAUGGUCCUCGUCACACACUCUGCACAGGCUGUACAGGCCCGCUGGCCUUGGGAGGGACGCUCCCACAGACCUGUGACACCAGAGUGUGUGAGGGGUAGGGGGCUGAGUUACCGUGGCACGGUCUCUGUGUCGGGUCAGGGACUCGUCUGUGCAAACUGGAACCGCAUAGUGAACGUGUAUUCUACUGCGUACUACAGGAAAGGACUGGGACCCCACAACUACUGCAGGAACCCGGGUAACAACAGAGCUCCGUAUUGCUGGGUUCAGGAGGGAGGCCGCUGGGUAAAGCAGUUCUGUUCCCUCCCGCGCUGUUUCACCCCCAAGCCCAUGACACCUACAACUACAGCGACACCUACAGCGACACCUACAACGACACCUACAGCGACACCUACAACUAUAGCGACCACACCUGCAACAGGUGAACGAGACACAGAGUUCACGUGUGGAGAGAGGCAAGAGGUGGGCCGGCACUUUAAGAUUGUGGGCGGGUCCUACAGCACAGUGACCUCCCACCCCUGGGUGGCGUCCAUCUUCCACAAGCGCUCAGGAUUCCGCUGCGGCGGGAGCCUCAUCGCCCCCUGCUGGGUGCUCAGCGCAGCGCACUGCUUUGGUGACAUAACUGACUCCAAGGUGAAGUUGCUCAGUGUGCACCUUGGGAAGAACGCCAUCAACGAAACCAACGCCGGCAAAGAGCAGAGCUUCAGCGUCACGCAGCUCAUCCUCCACAAGGGCUACGAACACACCGGGAGGGACUUCAACCACGACAUAGCGCUGCUCAGGAUCGAGGGUCCAGGCGGGAAGUGUGCUGUGCGCACGGAGACGGUCAGGGCGGUGUGUUUGCCCCCCGCACACACCAGGCUGCCCCCAGGAUCGUCCUGCACCAUUGCUGGCUACGGAAGAGACCACACCAAUGCCUUCACCAGGUACCUGAAGGAGGGCCAGGUGCUGCUGCGGCAGCAGAGUGUGUGUGUGCAGACGGCUCCAGAGCCAGAGAAGGUGACCGACAACAUGCUGUGCGCCGCCAGCCCCGACUGGAACACUGACGCCUGCCAGGGUGACUCCGGUGGUCCUCUGGUGUGUGAGGUGUCAGGGCGAAUGUUCCUGUUUGGCAUCGUCAGCUUUGGUCAAGGCUGCAGUGAGCGAGGCCAGCCAGGCUUCUACACGCGCGUCACCAACUACAACAAGUGGGUCGCCAUGCAACCGGACCUCCAGCCCUACACCCAGGGUGCCAUGUACCCGCAGAAGUGGUGACGCGGAUCUAUCUCAGCCGGCAUUGCUUUGGGCAGCUGUAAUUGGGCAGCCAUGUUAUUCGGGUCCUCGGGUCCCAUAGAGCUACUGUUGGGCUGUAGCAGCAGCUGAGCUAGGCUGAGCUAGGCUGUAGUUGCAUUUCUUUUCUCUUUUAACUAUCGUUUGGCCUUUUUGCCUUUAUUUGGACAGUGAAGUUUUGACAGGAAGUAAGUGGAGGAGAGGCCCUGUGGUAGCUAUUGGUCACAGCACCCCCUUGUGGUAGCUAUUGGUCACAGCACCCCCCUGUCUUCCCACUUCUGACUCAAUGGCAGCUAUGCAUGGCAGAGAUGAAAGUGUGCUGGCAGCAGGUCUACCUGUCUACUGCCUCUGUAGUCUUGAAUAACUGAAGUGUUUAACCACAAGUUCCCCUUCUGGACUAAAGUGUGACAUGAUGACUUGAUUAAUAGGAAUCAAUCGAAUAGUUCUAUUUUAUUUAUAAAAAUGCUAAUUAAUAUUUAUAAAUGAAAAGUUAUACAUUAUAAAUGAAGUGAUGCUUGAUGUGUAAUUGAGUGUUUUUCUAUUUUUCUAUUUUUGUACUUGUGUAACUCAACAGGCUGGGCCUUUCUGUAGUGUUGAACUAUUUGUUUGUUCAUAGACCAGAAUGUGAACUGAAGUAAAAUGUUACUACUGUU